UUACCCCGAACCCACACCAGGGCAGGCUGCUCACUAACCCCCAACCCCUACCCCAUGUCCCUCUGCCACCCCCCACCGCCUCGGCACCCCCGACUCCCACCACCCUCCACACACACACCAUCCUUUUUUUAAAUCUCCAGCACUCGGGUUUUCUCUAGAGGAGGCACAAAGAGAGAGCAGAGAUGGGACAAGCAGGCAGAAUGCUCCUGCCUCAUCGGAUCCACCAGCUUUCGGGAGAGAGCGGCAGCCCCCCCUGCCUGUGGACUGACCACUGAAAGGUUGACAUAAUCCUGGACCACGCAGAUGGUGAGGAAUGGAGGCUUCAGAACCUACCCACCUUCCCCCAUCGGCCACGGACCAGCCAGCCUGUGUACCCGGCAUUCCAGGGGGCCCUGGUGGGCAGGCCUCACCUCGCCUGACCCUGGGUCCUGUCAUCCUGCCACCAGAGCAGGGCCUGGCCCCAGCCGUGUUCUUGAAGGCCUUGCCUGUCCCUUUAUACCACACGGUACCUCCUGGAGGCCUCCAGCCACGUGCACCCCUGGUGACAGGCAGCCUGGAGGGGGCAAGUGUACCUUUCAUUCUCAGCCCCUUGCUACAGCCUGAAGGGUGCAGUGCCACCCAGGUGGGCAAGCCAGCCACCCCAGCCUUGACUGUGAACAUUGUAGGCACAUUGCCUGUACUCUCCUCGGGUGUGGGGUCCGCACUGGUCAGCGCAGGCAGGGUGAAGAAUACUGGUAAGUACCUGUGCCCCCACUGUGGCCGGGACUGCUUGAAGCCCAGUGUGUUGGAGAAACACAUCCGGUCCCACACAGGUGAAAGGCCCUUCCCAUGCCCUACCUGUGGCAUCGCCUUUAAAACCCAGAGCAACCUGUAUAAACACAGGCGGACACAAACACAUCUCAACAACUCCCGCUUGUCCUUGGAGUCUGAGGGGAGUGGGAGCAGCCUUCUGGAGGAGGGAGACAGGCCCGGAGAGACUGCCUCGGUGGAUAGUCAUGGAGAUGAAGGAGCUCCAGAGAGAGCUCUUUCCCCAGGUGCCCGCCCCGCCCUCGCUGCUCAGAACAGGGAAAGGAAGGUGGAAUCGGCUCCCUCUCUCAGGGCCACCCUUUCCCACAGGGAGGCCUCUGUGGAACAGAUUCAGAUGGUGUCACCUGAGUUUUCACUAGCAAGCCCGCAGCCUAGGCGGAAGCUGCCAGAACCAAAGCCAUGCUUCCUGCAGCGACAGCAGGAAACCUGUUCAGAGAAGCCCUGGGACUCCAAGGCUUUGGAGGGCCAGCUGAGGAAGUGUGAGAGCACAGACUCUGGCUACCUGUCCCGCUCAGACAGCGUGGAGCAGCCCCCUGUUACCUCUAGCCCAUUGCAUAGUCUAUCAGAGCACAGUGCAGAGUCUGAGGGGGAAGGAGGCCCUGGCUGUUCCUCUUCGGGCAACAGGGCUGAACGGGGAACAACAGGGCCCAGCCUGGAGAUAGAGAAGAAGAAACUGGAGGAACGAAUUGCCCAGCUCAUCUCCCACAACCAGGCGGUGGUAGAUGACCCACAGUUGGACCAUGUGCGGCCCCGCAAGACUGUGCUGUCCAAGCAGGGCAGCAUCGACCUGCCCAUGCCAUAUACCUACAAGGAUUCCUUCCACUUUGACAUCCGGGCGCUGGAGCCCAGCCGCAGGAGGGCUGCCCUCAGCCCAGCCCGCUCCACCUUCACACCCCUGGAAAAGGCCAGACCUCUCUUUUUCCACUCAGUCCCCACGCAGCUCUCCACCACAGCGGAGUGUGUCCCUGUCACCAGAAGCAACUCGCUGCCUUUUGUUGAGGGUUCUAAGUUGUGGCCAGAGCCACGGGACCCACAGGACCCUGUUCCGGGAAUGCAAAAGGCCCUGAGCCCCAGGCUCACCCCAGCCCGGCUGGGAUGCCGCCCAGGAGUGACCUUGGCAAGCAUCUCCAGUGGUCACCCACGGGCCCUGGUGAGACAGGCUGCUGUGGAGGACCUGCCGUGUCCCCCUACUGGAGACCCUUCAGCCGCUGCUGAGGACCUAGAUGGAAAGAGAGCUGUGGCAAAGGAGGAUGUGGUGUGCAAGGGCAGAGCCAGGAAAAAGUGUAGCCAGAGGAAGCAAAGGAUGUUUUCCCAGGAGAAAUGGCAAGUGUAUGGAAAUGAGACUUUCAAGAGAAUAUACCAGAAAAUGAAGUCCAACCACCAGGGAGGACAGAAACACCGGGAGGUGAAGCAGGGCCAGGGGACAGAACUGGACUUUCCUCAUCCUCCUCAGGAACAGGUAGGAGGAAGUGAGGAUUCAGGCCUGUCCCAAGACGGUAGGAUCCCUAUCCUUGGAGGCACUACAGCAGGGCCUAAGCUAGGGUCUUGGGGAAGUGGACCAUCCCUGGAAGACUCACUGGAGGCUGAGUCUCCUAAGCAACUGAAGGUGGUGACCAGAGUCAAGUCAUCUCCUACCCUCGGCAGCACAGACGGCCUCUGUUUGAGUGGUAAGAGCUCAUUGCUCUCUCUAAGUGGGCAAUUAGAUCUGGGAUGCCAGCCGCCUCCAGUGCCGAGGCCUUGCCAAGGAGCUUUAGAAGCUCCCGGGACUUCACCAGACUCAAGUGGUGAGGCUAUAAAAGAAACCAGCCCUACGGCCCAAACUGUCCUCAGACGGUCCAGUGGUGGGUCUGUGGCUCUACAGCUUGCAGAAGACAAGUUACCUUCAGAGAGGAAGAGGCUGAAGGUGGAGGGGCUGGACCAUCAGGAGCAGCCAGGGCCUCUGGAAGCUGAGACCUCAGGAGGCUCUGUGCAGGCUGACCCCCGGCCAUCCCAGAAAGAAGACAGUGACUCUGAGGAGUUGCUGGGUUGCUCAAAUAAGAGUAUCCUGCAUGUGACCACAGCCUCGGAGCCCUCAGAUGUCUCCUCAGCUGCUUCUCCUGUUGCCCUGCAAUGGUCAGGGCUAGGAGACAAGGAUUCCCCAUUGCCUUCUGUACCCAGGACUCCUGGGCUUCACUCCCUGCUACCUGCUCAGCCCCAGGAUCCUGGUGUCCCUAAUGCUCAGUCAGGUGGCUUCUUUCCUCCCAAGUACCUCCUCAGGUUACCUCAGGGAGAGAACCCCUCACCACUAGUUGCUUCAGGGCCUGAAAAAGGCCCGGACUCUCUGUGUACAAGUAUACAGCCUGUAGAACAGUCCCUUCUUGUUGGAUCAGAACUGGGGAUGCUCCAGCCACCUGGAGCACACUCAGGCCCACGUAAGGCAGGUGGCAGCCCAGAGGACCCUAGCUGGUCCAGGUCAAGGGAUGGAAAAGAAGAGGCACAGAUGGGAAGAGAGAAAAGAAACAGGACAAAUGACAACAUCCCAGUGGCUAGACACCCUCCUGAUCCCAGUACCAGCACCACCCACGACAUAGUCUCCGUUCUGUCGACUCACACCUGUGACAUUCGAGUGGCCCAGGAUGUAGUGAGUAAGACCCAUGCCAUCCAUUGCGUCUGCACAGACAACCCACCAGCAAGAGCUAGGACAUAUGGGAAUCUCUUAAACCCUUGGCCAUCAUACCAGAAGCUGGGGAUACCUCCAAAGAGUGCCCUAGAAGGUCCUCCUUCAGAAGCCAAGGAAGGGCUGCCUGCAUUCUUUUCCUCUCAAGCACACUAUUUCCUUACAACUCUUACAAAACCCCAGGAUAUUUCCUUGAACCAGCAGAAACCAGCCUUGUCACAUGUCUUAGGAACCCCCAGGAGCUGUGAGGCCCCAAGCUCCUUCCCCUCACUUAAGACUGAGCCCCAGCUCACAUGGUGUUGCUUGAGUCGAAGCCUGCCCCUGCCUGCAGAGCAGCAGAGGGCAGCUCCUGGACGCUUGGCUUCAUCCUCGCCUAAUAGAAAACUCCAGGAUGACAGUAACAAAACACUGCCCAAGAGCAGUGGAGGAAGGACGCAGACGAGCCGAGGAGGAGGAGGGUCUACUCAGGCACCUGAGCUUCCCUGUCCAACAGUCCGAGAGCUGAGGGCUGAGGAACAAGUGUCCAGGCCACGGUGUAAGAAAGAACUAUGGCGUAGGAAGGUGAAGACAUCUCGUGAGAACACCAAACAGAAGAAACUGAGGCUUCAUUCCAAAAGGUGUGAAGGGAGUUUCUGGCAGAGAGCCAAACGACUGUGCAAGCCACCCUGGUUGCCAAGAAGAAGCUGUCUCCCCCACCGACUUGAGGGGUUAGAGCCACGGGGGACCCUUGGGAGGAGUUCGGCAGAAGUAGCAGGUCUAAAUGUACAAGGGGAGCCAUCUUGUGUCAGCAAAGACUUGUCUGUGGCUCAUGGGAACAAAGAAAAGGAAGGCGAUUAUAGUCAGACUUCAGGACCCAUGUCUCCUGGCAUGAGCUCAAAAACCAUGUUGGAAAUUGACAAAUCAACUCUGAAGGAUAUUUCUCCAACCUCUGGUGAGCAUAAUGACUGCUCUCAGGAGAAGGAGCAUGCUGAUGGGUCCGAACUAUCUCCGCAAUCUAACUCGUACUUGGCAGUGUUUCAGGAAGAUCUGCCUCAGGGCAAAGGUCUUGAUGUUCGACCUCCAGAAACUCAACUGCCACCUUCCCAGGAUCAAGUCUCUAUAGUUCCCAACUUGUGCUUCUCCCCAGAUGUCCCAGAGCUGCCUUCUUCCUUUAAACCCAAAGGAACAUUUCCCCACCAUGACGUCGCUACCUCUGUGGCCGCCAUCUGUGUUUCUGCGGGGAUAAGAACAGGACACAAAACCCUGGGGGCUCACAGUGCAGACUCCUGUUCAGAGGAUACUGUGGCACAAAACUCCCCAGACAGAAGAGCCACACAAGACAGCAUUCCACGGGUGCUCCUGCCAGGGAGGCCUUCACCUGGUAAACAACCACCUGGAAAAACUCUAGAAAUACCACCUUCAGAACCAAGUUCAUUCAGUUCACACCAGGAGGAAGCAAGAGCCCAGGCAGAUUUUCCUUUGUGGGGCCAAUACGGAUGUGGGGAUCUGACUGUCCAGGGUGCUGCUUCAGGAAGCGAGAGUGGGACUUGUCAAGCUGAAGGAUCAAUUACCUCCGGGACUGUCACAGUUCCUUCUGACCCAGGACAACCCUCAGAAGUCUCCGAAGAGGCCCCUUUGAGAUCCAUCCGAAAGAGGAGUCUGGAAGGAAUGAGGAAGCAGACACGGGUGGAGCUCAGUGACACCAGCAGUGACGAUGAAGACAGACUGGUCAUCGAGAUCUGAUGUCAUUGCAGAGAAAGAUGGUGGCAACCGGCCAAGGCCUAGGGCUCUUUUGAGAUAAACAUCACCAGGUGUCGUGGGCACUGAACUUUAUUUAUGAAACAUCUAUAGACUAGGAAAGCCAUCUAUAAUUUCUUCAAGCCAACUCUAACCAACACCGUGCCCAGAUCCAGUCAUACCUUUCUUUAGCUUCUCUUAGACAGACCUUGAACUCUUCUACCCCGCCCCUGACACUCUACCUCUCCCAGUCCCUGCCCACCAGGUCUCCCCACUCUCUGGGGCCUUCUACAUUCAUCUGGAAGACUCAGAAUGGCCAGGAAGGGCCAUUGCAAGAGAUGCCGAGUACACAGCUCCAACUUGAUGCUGUGAUCCCCAUUGCCUCGCCAGGUAAAAUGACACUAAUCAGAAGAGCCAUAUGGGACUUUGUUCCUGACCAGUGAGGCCCCACUGGGUCAACACAUCUGACACCAUCGCCACUAAGUUAAGAGUGGCAAACACAUCUGGGGUCAUUGGGGGUAGCUUGAGAAAGAAGCAUGGGGUUUGAACUGGGCACCAAGAUGGCUCCAUAUAAUUUGGAGACUAACUCCAGAUGCAUUCGAAAACUGGUCAGGGCCAGCCAUCUUCUUAACGAAUACUGUAAAUAUACAUCACAAUGCCUAAGGCCAUUUAAUAUGUUGCACAAAUACUUGUUUUUGAUCCAGUAACACAAGCAUGUGUGUCCCUAGUACUUGGUGCCUUUUCUGUGAGAACAUACCCCCCUUCCUGCUGCCCCAAAGCCUUGGGAUUUAUAUAUUUUUUUCUAUUUUUUAGGUCUUGCAAAGGAACAUUGCAUUAAGUUGGUAAAAUAGUCACUGUAAUGAGUCAUUUUUAUUUUUGAGGGGAAAAUUAACUUAUUUUCCUCUGAUUCUUUUUGUCAUAUUGGGCUGUGAGCAAUUUCAAUUAGAGGGUUACAUUUUAGUAAUCUGUGCAACCUGAACUGAUGCCUGUGCCUCGUGAUGGAGCCGUUCCCACUUCCUCCAGAAGCUUCUAUGGCAUAAAACUAAUUGGAGUUUUGACGCUGUUUUACAUCUUGGUAAUUUUAUUUUGCGGGCUUAGCGUUACUUUGCUGUCAAAUUAAAUCAGCCUUUGUAUUGUGAAUUUCAGAUCAAAUCCCCCCAGAAUUUCAAGCCGUGGGUGGAGGCAAGGUCUGCGUCAGCCAGCCCUCUACGCAGGCCUCAGGUUCCCCUUAAACGGGAGGGGGAAACUUCAAGAAGUUUACACUGCUCAGUCCUUUACGAUUUUCUACUUGCCGUGGCGAUUUUGUACACUUUGUGAUUUCUAGCCGAACUGUUGUUGGCUUAACGCUGUGGUGGUGAUGUUCACGUGACAUCUUGUGCUCUCUGCUCCCAGGCAAGGCAGCCAUGAAAAGCACCUGCCUCACGCGUGCGCAAACAUACUUUCAAAAGUCCUUAUCUGUGAAGAAGUAUGGUCGCUCAAUUUCAAAUAUUUUCACGUGACCUUUCCUGUUUUGCUGCUAUUCACAGAGAACUUCAAUGCAAGAGCAGCUUCUCGUUAUUUAGCGUAUGUCUGGUCAUCACACGUGUUCAGAAAUAUCUCACUGAUCAAAUCCCAGCCUACAAUGGCACAGAGGAAUAGGAAAGUGCUAACUACCACCUCUCUAUGCUUCUUUUAAAAAAUUAUUAUUAUUAUUUUUACAGUCCAGUUGUUAUCCCCCUCUGGUCUGCCCUUAGACAGUUCCUCAUCCCAUUCCCCCUCCCGCUAUCUCCAAGAGGAUGUCUCCACUUCCCAGACCCUACUUUCUACCUCCUCCUCAUUCCCCCUCCCCACUCCCAGGUCUCCCCACUCCCUGGGACCUCAAGUCUUUCUAGGUUGAGUCUUCUCUCACUGAGACUAGACUAGGCAUUCCUCUGGUAUAUAUGUGUCUGGAGGGGGUGGGACCAGGAGAGUGAUGGACUUGUGAUUGGCUGCCCUUUGAAUGACCUGUACCUGAGGAAGGCAGUGGAGGAAGUGGGUCAGAACCCCGCUGACCCUGUCUUUGGCUGGGAGAGCUUGGUCUCUGUGCAUGAGACUUGAACGAAGUUGGGACCUGGACAGAGGAGCCGAGUGUCUCUGAGGGGCUGGAUCCCGGUGGGAGUGGCUGAUAGAGAAACAUAGUCUCCUUUAAUCUGUGCCUUCAUAGCUUAGCAGUGUCCCCUACAGAAAACAUUGCUCCUGAGUUGUCGUGGGAGAUGUUGAAGAUCAUGCUGGGGAGCUGAUGCGCAAAUACUGUUAGGAUAUUCCUGCCAUGCAGUAUGUGAGCGGAGGAGAGGGUCAUCUUAUGCACCUCCCUGGAAUCCUGAUUUGGGGGUGCAGUCACCUACCUUAUACAUCGGAAAUAAUAUAGCAAAAAAGCAUAACACUGAGUGGAAGAAAUCAUGUAUGUAGGUGGAGCUGGCCCCUCUGUCUUAGGAGGUAUAGGGCAGCAGGGCAGGACCACUGUCUAGAUUAGUGGUUCUCAGCCCUGUGGGUCAUGACCCCACUGGGAGUCGCCUAAGACUGUUGGAAGACACAGGUAUUUACAGUAUAAUUCAUGAUAGCAUCAAAGUUAUAGUAAUGAAGUAGCAAUGAAAAUAAUUUUAUGGUCAGGGGUCAUCACAACACAAGAAACCAUAUUAAAGGGUCGUAGCAUUAGGGGGGUUGAGAACCAUUGUCCUAGAUCCUUAUUUCCAGGGGACAAUGAAGUCUAAGAGGGUCACCAGGCCCACGUCAUAAUCAUAGCUCCAAAAAGCAUGCCGGGAGCUCUGCUUCUUCUGAACCACCAUAGCUAGCUGCUGCCCCCAAGGCUGGAUCUGAUAUAGCAGAAUAUUGAUUCCAUCUUGGUAACCCCUCCCCCUGUCUCUUACAAAGCUAGAGAACUUGCCAGACCCACUGGUUCACCUGACCACUUAGUGCCAGUCUUCCCAGGGGGGUCAUUUAGUUUAAAUCAACAUGGAUUUGUGAACCCUGUAUUUCAAUAGAAUUUUUGAAAAAGUAAACAAUUAUUUUAAAUGACCUUGGGAGGAGCUAGCUACUGGAAAACAUCCUAAAGUUACACACACACACACACACACACACACACACACACACACACACACACACAUAUUUGGCUUAGUUUGGUUUUAAGGGGGAGUCCUUUUGAUAAUGCACCAAACAGUCACUGAUUUUUAUAAAUCUAAUUUUCUUAAGGCAAAAUACAAUUACAAGAAAAUUAUAAGAAAACUUUUACCUAUAAACCCCCAAACUCAGCUUGGGUUAUUAAAAUAAAAUUCUAGUACUACCAGUCGAUUGUUGCUGCAGUUUGAUGAUACUGCAAGUGUGUACCACACGGUGGAUCAGGACAUGCAUGUCUGUUUUUUGGUGCUGGGGAUGUAGCUCAGUGGUCUAGUCUUGCCUGUCAUGUAUGAAGCUCGGGAUUCAGUUCCCAACACCACAUGUAAGAAGCAUGUUAGGACAAGGCCAGCCCACUGUUCGCCAGUGCUGGUACUCUUAUGUACCUUCAUGCAGGAGUCUUGAGAAAUUGGUGCCUCCAAUUUCCCCAAUGGAGAUGAGCUACAGGGCUGCCAGCAUGGGCUGAGAGAAAGAGAACCUUGGAUUCUUUGCCACGCAAGUGCUGCUGCUCAUUGGUGUCUGAUGCUGGCCACUGAUAGUCCUCCUGAACUGCUGUGCCUGGCCGCUUUUUGAGAUGCAUAUAGGAAUAGGUAUCAGCUCUCCACUUGGCCAACUCUUAAAGCUUUGUGAGUUUUGGUGGCCGGUCUGACCCUUCUUGCUGUGAGGUGUCGCUGUGGGAACUGCUUUUCCCUCCCUUAGGACUAAGCUCGGCAUCUCAGAGGAAGCUAAGUCUCAAGAUCAGUGGUGCACAGCUCUCAACUUGUGGUUUAUUUGCAGGGUGGUGGAAGGGGAGAGAGGUAGAAGAGGGAGAGAAAGAGAGAUGGGAGAGAGAGAGGUGGGGGAGCGAAAGAGAAAGACUGAAAAGGGGAUGGAGGGGGAGAGGGAGGAGAGGGAGAGGGAGAGAGAUAAACAGACAGAUCUUCUGGAUUCUAAUAAAAGCAUACUUGACAACUUGGGGAGUGACUGAGAACUGACUGGAACUUCCCUUUCCUAAAUACUGCCUUCUGAAGCUGGGAUCUGAAGUCUUAGUCUCGCACCAGUGCGGUGUGACCACUGUCCUCAACAUGAAAGAUAAAGGACUCUCAGUCUCAUGGCAAACUAUUUCCUGGCAUUCACAUCCAUUACUUAGAGUGAACUCAUUAUUCAUUUCUCCCUCAGCACAGAAAUUUGCAUUUUGCACAAAAUUUACCUUGUGCAGCAGAAUCUUACAGUUAACGUGGAGUUGCUCAGCUUCCUGGCUGAGGGAGGAAGUGGCCCACCUGGCUCGAGACUAUCAAAUUCCUACAACUGCAACAAGGAGUCUUACUCCAGUUAGCCCCCCAGUUCAAGAAGCAUUGGCUUUUGAAACACUCUAUUUCCCCAUCUCUAUCAAAACUCAUCUCACACACAGGUAUGAGGACGUAGAAUAGUGUUGAGUGCUAAAUUUCAACCCUUGCGUGCGUCUUCUCCACACUUUACAUUGACGUGGCAAAUGCACAGUUUGGUCUGAAGGGACAUAUGAACAUGUGAGCAUAUUGAGUCACCGUGGAGGGAAUAGGAGUCAGGAAGAAGUCAGAUCUGGCUGGUGGGCGCACUGGAGAGUGGCCUGCUUGUUUCUGUGCACAGACAAUUCCCUUGCUUAUGGUGGGGAAACACGUGGCUUCUGGGGGUGAUGAAUAUCUCCCACUUCUUUCUAUGGUUGAAUUAUUUUUGUUUUGAUAAAAAUAAAACUUAAAAAUGAAAA